AUGCUCCCCACCUCGAGCGAACAGUUAAAAAAAGAGGAACGCGGCCACCAUCCACGCACGCGCACCUCGAGCGAACAGUUCACCAAAAAAGGAACACGGCCACCAUCCACCCACGCGCCGCCGCCAGCGCUCCUUUGCCGCCCCUCUGUCGUCGCCGCCGUCCGGAAUAGCCCAUCCUCGUCGGCGCCUGCAGCAGCAGCAGAGGGCCCUGGCGUUCCUUCGUCCUCGUCGCCGUCUGCAAAUCCCGCACGGUCCCUGCCCACCCCGACCAUCCUCGCACGCUGCCUGGGCGACUUGGCGGGCCGACGGACCGGUGGACCUCCGCCUCCACACGCCGGACGACCUCCGCCCGACCACCUCUUUCCCGACGUGCCGGCUGACUGGCGACCGCCUUCUCUACGCGCCGGCGGACCCCCGCCUCGACUUGUGCCGCCUCUACCUGUUUCCCGACGUGACGGCGGAAUGACGGACCUCCGGCUCGACGCGUCGGCGGACCUCUGCCUCCCCAACCAGCUGAGCAAGCCUCCCUUUGGUUUUUUCUGUGAAGUGAUUAUGUGGAGCUUGUGAGGAAAAAAGAUAGGACAAGAAGCCUAGGAGGUUGUCUACAGCCACUGCCCUGGUAUGUGACCUGCUUGCAUCUUUUCCUGAUUACCUCACAACUGCAAUUGUCUAAGUUUUAUAUUAUCCAUCAUUUUAUCAGUUUAUUUCAUGAGUUUGUUUUCUCGAAUUACAUGUAUGCGUUGAUGACCUGAAAUCUUAAUAUAUAUUUGUUUGACAGUGAGUGCUGCUGAACAUGUAAGUAUAGUCGGGAGAGUCAUGUACUCGCUCGAUGCCAUAGCUCACCCACCCCGAGUUGUGCCACCCUCUUCUAGCCGGAGGUGCCGCCGUCGCCGCUGUCGAGGACAUCUUAAUAUUAAACAAUAAGUAUUAUAUUCAUCAAGAGAGUUUCCUCGCUAUGUGGUGUUCACAUUUGUUCUCUCCAAGAUCAUGUAGCGGUGUGAUUAUUUUUUGCAGUUUCCCUAAUUACCCUUUUCUCUUAUUCUAGCUUCUAUAUUGUUGUGUUCACAACACUGGAGGGAUCUUACUGAAGGAAGAUUUAAUAAUAGGUAGAGUUUCCGUACUUACUGAUUAUAUAUAUUGACAUAUGACCAUAACUGAACAAUGUUGCGUUUUAUCUUCUAAAUUAGCAUGGAUUUUUUUCUGCUAAAAACAUUUUCCUAUGAUAUUUUGCAAUUUCCAUGUUUCGAUUGAGCUUGUUAUGAUUUAUCGGUAAGUCCUCUCUCAGCUUUUAGAUUUGUGCUUAGAUUGUUGUAUAUAAUCCAAAAUGAAUCUAUGAUAAGGGAAUAAUCUGACUAAGCUUACUGUAUGAAUGAAACUGAAGAGUGAAGUGAUAUUUCUUUCUACCAUUGCGUAGCUUUACCAUCAUCGAUCCAGGUUAAGUGUAUAAUUUGUUUUUCUAUGCAUUAUUCGGAUACAGAGGAUUCAAGCUGUAAAAAAUAUGCAGUGGAUUCAAGGUUAUGCAGAACAUUAUCGCAAGCUAGCAUUUCCUGUGAAAAGAAGACAAUUAUCUAGAACACGAUUAAUUUGUAGAAAAAAUGCUGAUAGGUAAAUCUAGAUGACCAGCCGACAGAAACUUUACCAGGUUGUUUAUUUGUAUGAGCUACAAUCUAUGUUUCUCAUUUGAUGUUAUAGAAAAUGUUCUGAUGGACUCACUGUUUUUGCUAUCUUGGCCUAUGUGUUCAUCGCAAGUUGUUAGAUUUGUCUAUAGGGUUUACCAUGUGCAUUCAUUUUGAUCACUUUCAUCAAAUUGCCUUUCUACCAUUCAAAUUCUUAACAAUGUGAAUUUUCUUCAUGCUGAUGGAUUGGCCAACUUGUUUUCUGCAUCUAUGCGAUUGCCGAUGGAGCAAACAAAUUUUUGCUACACUAUGAAGUUUCUUUA